UAAAAAUCUGAAAUAAAAACAAUCUUUCAAUAAUGUAUUUGCUUUGUUGUUGAUUAUUGCCUAUUACGAAGCAUUGUAAUUUGUAAUGUAAAUGUAAUUUGUAGUAAAGAUAUAGUUAACCGAUAAUUCGUUAUUUUUUUUAAUUUCGUGAAAUGUAAUAAUGUGCAAAAUUUUGUUUUUUUCAUUCAGAGUUAAUUGUUUUUUCUCAUGUGGAACAGAUUUUGUAUAAAAACUACACACGAAAUUGCUUUGAACAAGAAAUCAUGAAGCCAGUAAUUGAUUUUGAUGAGUGUUUACGAGAUUCUCCCAAGUUCAGGGAACAGCUGGAAACUGAGGAAGCUAAGAUUGAUGCUUUAGAACAAAAGCUUGAUAAAAUUCUAAAGACAUGUUCUAUUAUGAUAGAAUCUGGUAAAAUAUAUUUAAACCACAGGAGUACUUUUACAAAUGCACUGUGGGAUCUUAGUAGUAAUUUUUCUGAUGAUCCAACAAUAAUGUCGAUGAUGAAUAGAAUGAUACAUGCCCUGCAAGAGAUGACCAAGUUCCAUUCCAUAUUGCUGGAUCAAGCUUCUAGAACAAUAUUAAAGAAUCUUACUGCAUUCAAUAAAGUAGAUAUUAGAGGAGUGAAGGAGAGUAAACAUCAUUUCGAAAAAAUAUCAAAUGAUCUGGAUAUAGCUUUAAUUAGGAAUUCUCAGGUGUCUCGCCACAAGUCACUGGAUGUUGAGGAGGUGAUGAAUCUCUUGUUGGCAACCCGGUCAUGCUUCCGGCACACGGCCCUCGAUCACGUGCAGAAGAUCACCAUGCUUCAAGCAAGGAAGCGACACGAAAUAUUGGCGACCUUCCUGUCGUACCUUCAAGCGUGCUGCACUUACCACCACCAGGGUGCUGACUUAUCUGAAGAUUUGGAGCCCUUUCUUAAAUCAACCGCGGACGAGAUUGCAACCAUGCGCAACGAUACAAAACUCCUCGACAAGGAGAUGGAGAACCGACACAUGAUCGUUAACAGCAAGGACUCGGUGCUGCCGAGUUGUAAGACGGCGGGGGGCGAGGGGGAGAAGGAGGGACUGCUCAGCUCCCCUUGCUUGAAAAAUAUGCCGCGGAUGCAGGGGUACCUGUUCAAGAGAACCUCGAAUGCUUUCAAGACCUGGAACAGGAGAUGGUUCUACUUGUAUGAUAACCGACUGGUUUACAGGAAACGCACGGGUGAAUUGAACGUGACAGUAAUGGAAGAGGACCUUCGGCUUUGUACUGUGAAGCCGGUAGUAGACGGAGAGAGGCGGUAUUGUUUCGAAGUACUUUCGCCUUCAAAGAGUCACAUGCUCCAAGCGGAUUCUGAGGAUAUGCUGAACCUUUGGAUACAAGCGCUGCAGAACGGCAUACGGUCCGCGAUUCAGCAGGGACAGAGCCGUGAGAACGACUCGCAACUAGUGCUCGUGCCGGACGAAACUAGACCUAACAAUGACAAUAAUAGUGUCACUUAUCCUGCAAUGAAGAAAGUCAGGAUAUGGGAACAACUGUUAAGCAUCUCGGGCAAUAACUACUGCUGUGACUGUGGCAGCCCAAACCCGAGGUGGGCCAGCAUCAACCUUGGAAUUACACUCUGUAUAGAAUGUUCUGGCAUCCAUCGUUCUCUAGGUGUUCAUGUGAGCAAGGUCCGUUCAUUGACACUGGACGAUUGGGAACCAGACAUAAUAAAGGUAAUGGCGGAGCUGGGUAACAAAGUAGUUAACGUGAUAUACGAAGCUAACACAGAGGGGAGCGCUGUGACGCGAGCGACGCCGGAUUGUGACACGUCAGUACGAGAGGCGUGGAUCCGCGCUAAGUACGUGCAACUCUCGUUCGUCCACAACCUCGUGCCCGGUGACGCCGAUGUUCCGCGCGACUCUCCACUCCGCCGCGGUCGCCGUUGGUCUGUUCGUCGCGCCAGGCGAAGGGUGCGUUCAUCACCCGUCGUUCCUGAGACAAUACCGGAUGAGAAGAGUGAUGAUAACAGCAAUACAAGCGUUUCAGAUAGUUCGAGCAAAUCUGAGGGUAGUCCUGUUUUAGUGAUCGGUAAAGAGCUGUCAACUGAACGAGCUGUUGAUCUCAGUCUGCCGUCUGAUCAUGAUUCCACAGAAGGGGAAGAUGAUGAUCUCGAUGCUGAAGACAUGUCGUGUCUGUCGGCUGAGGCCGUGUUAUGCCGCGCCGCUCGUGCUCACAACGUGUGCGUGAUGCGAGCCGCUCUCGCAGCCGGCGCCGAGUCCACAUGCACGCUCCACGGAGGCCGGACCCCGCUACACGCGGCUGUGCUCAGCGGCUCUGUGAUGGCGUGCUCGUUCCUCCUGCUGAACGGUAGCAAGAUAAAUGCUCAGGACGAUGACGGACUCACGCCCCUCCACCUGGCUACCGAGGCCGGACACACGGGACAGGUUUGUCUGCUGUUACGGUACCGCGCGGACCAGUCCAUAGUGGACCGGCGGGGUCGCACGCCUCUUGACAUCGCCGUAGAGCAGGCCAACGCGGACAUCGUUACUCUGUUGAGGCUGACCAAGCUGAACGAAGAGAUGCGCGAGAGCGAGAUGUCAUCCAACGACGACACGUACAACGAGGUGUUCCGAGAUUACACGCAGCUGGCGCACUCGCACCCCGAGCGCCUUGUGCGUGCGCGUCCGCACAACAAUAAUGAUGGUGAGCAGUCAAGCGAAUGACGACUGGACAGACAGCUGCGUCGGCUGCAGCGAUGGUGGGAGCAGUGACCACCGCGAGAUGAGCACAGCGACCAACUGUGAUGAUGUCGUGCCAAUAUCUCUCAUUAGUAUAUAUCUGUUCGCUUCCAGUUGGCCGUCGUCGACCGUAUUAAAAGAUGACGUCAUAGGUACAGUUGAUUCAUAAUUGCGCUGCUCUCCGUAGCGUGGACCAAUGAUAGCGUUUCUUUGCGCAGCCUUCUCCUGAAGUAGCGUUACUUUCCAUAGUCUUCGCCAAUGAUAGCGUUGCUAUUCGCAUCGUUGGCAAAAACUAGAUAGUUCAUAGACCGACUGAUUGACCAACUGUCACUGAUAGAGUAGCUGUCCAUUGUAAGGGCUAAUUUUUUUGACUGGGACACCACGGUGGCGCGACUGGUUUCGCCACCGUAAGCUUCCAAACUAGACGCUAUACAGACACCAGAGUCAUGAUGUGUUGAGCUGGUCGCGCCACCAAAUUGGUUGCACCACCAUUUGAGUCACUCAAUAUGCUCUAUAUUUUUGUUGGUAGCGGCGACUGGUUCCUCCACCGUGGUGACGCGGUCUAAUAUAUAGCACUAAGAGGUUUUUUAACUUGACCCCUGCGGUACCACAACAGGUAGCAACAGCUAUUUUGAAGUGAGCCGGUAGUAGACCAUUUAUUUAAUUUCUAACCAAAAAACUUGAGAUUCUAAAGUUGUGUGGCUUCAUACAGGCUAUUUAUUUAACUGGGACAGUAUGGGGAAAUCGUAAUCGAGAAGAAGUGCAAUAAAACUGUGUUUGGAUUAUAUAUCUCCCUUGUCUCAUUUUUUUUAAUGAAAAUAAGGGACGAGACGAGCAGGACGUUCUUCUGAUGGUAAUUGAUACGCCCUUACCCAUUACAAUGCAAUGCCGCUCAGGACUACAAUUUCGCUCGUCACCUUGAGACAUAAGAUGUUAAGUCUCAUUUGCCCAGUAAUUUCACUAGCUACGGCGCUCUUCAGACCGAAACACAGUAAUGCUUAUACAUUACUGCUUCACGGCAGAUUUAGGCGCCGUUGUGCCACCCAUCAUCUAGCCGGCUUUCUGUGCAAAGGAGCCUCCCACUGGUAAAUCUAUGGUUUCUGUACAUAAUAUGAAUUGAAAGAAUGAAAUAAUUAUAUACGACGCCAACUCAAGUGGGCUUUAGUUUACAUUAUUAAGACUAAAGAGGUUUAUUGUAUUUUUCUCUUUUCAGUUUACUUGUUAAUGUUAUGUUUUAAAAUUAUGAAUUAUUCAAUGCUCCUGUGUAUUGCUUAGAUUAAUUUUUGCUUAUAGUGUAUUUUUGUAUUUGAAAUCAUUUUAUUUUUUUUAUAUUUUUUUAUCACAUUUUCCUUCUUAAUUUCCAUUCCCGCCUUAGAUUUAAUGCACUUUAAUGUUGAUUUAAUAUUUAAAAUAAUUAUAAUGUGUACAAAAAAAUUCCAAUAUUUCUGACGAAGAAAAAUUUUUUACUUCCAUUUUUAUGAAAUAUACUAUCGAAUAUCGGUUUAAGAUCUCUAAAAAAUGUGAGGCUUUAACGUAGUUUGAUUGCUUUUGAAAUUUACCAAUGAUAUGAGAGUUUUGAAUUUUCAAGAUUACAGAAAACUUACAUAAUAAUUUGUUGUGGUUAAUUGUACUACAAUACAAUUUGAUUGUAUUAAACCAAAGAUUCUUUCAGGCAAGAAAUUUAAAUUAGAUAUUAUUUAUUCUGUGAUUUGUAUUAUACGCGUUGUCAAGAUUAAAACCCAGUCAAACUGUUUUUUUAUAUUUUCUUUUGGGUAUCCCAAUAAUCCUAAAAUUUUAAAUCGCUCGUGAUGAAUUUUGCCCUGUUAUUAAAUAUUAAUUUAUAUUAUAAUGUUUUUUAAUGAUAGUCACUGUACGGAAUAUUAGGAUAUCGUAGCCCUGAGCAUGCCCAUGAGCAUUCGUUGCCCAGUGCUACAACAAUGCAUGCAAAAUUGCAUCUAUGCUUCGCAUACCGCUCAAGGUCCGUAUCGGUGUCUACACUUUUGUGUUUUAUAUAGUUUGUGAACUGUAUAUUUGAUAUUUGUAAACUUUUUUUAGUUAUGACAUUUUUGAUUCAUUUUGUUAUAAAUAUAGCUAUUAAUAUAUCAUGUAUACUAGACGCAAUCGCCCACAAGAAACAGUUCCAUUACGUGUGAGCGAGCGCUCUAUAUUGGCAAUACUGCUCUUUCAUUCCAUGCUCUUGCCACGUGAUUAUCUAUCUCCGCUGAAUGUUUACUGUUAUAAUACCUGUGUCUCUAUAUUUUUAUAUUUGAUGACGAUCUCUUUUGCUUGUUUAAUAAAUUGUAUCAAUAGAAUAAUCAAUUAUUGUAAGCCCAUUGGCUACCGACUUCCUUAACUGUGAGGAUAUUUUAUUUGAAAUUCGUUAUCUUAGGCUGAGAUCUAUAGAGCGUACUUAGACAUUGCUCAGUCUUUACUUACGUAAAACUUACCUGAGUAUAAACUAAGUAUACUUUUUGAUUUCUUUUUUAUAGUCAUUUGACAGCUGAAAUUAUGUUGAGCAUAAACUUAGAUAUAUCUUAUACGAAAGUUAAGUUUCAUCACAUUAAGCAAAGUUUUACGUUAAGUUAGAUCUCAGUCUUAGCGUUACUAGCAGUUUUAAAAGUAGAACUAGUACUUGAACUAGUACUUUUAUUACUCUAGAUUCAGCUUGUGGGAAUUUAAAAAAAAAUUGGUGACUAUUGAGAGAUAAUUCAAUGUAUCAACUGAUUUAUAAUUGUGAUAAUUUUUUAAUGUUUGCGAGACAUUUCCCCCACUGCUGCACUUAAUAUAUUAUAUAAGUACAAAUUAUUGUUUCUACUAAAAUUAGAAGUGAGGUUCGAACCAUAACUGAAGUUUUGAACAAACAUAUCUAGAUUUUUUAAUGAUGUUGUUAUCGAAAUGUUAGUAUCCGUUGGGUUAAGAGCGUUGGAGGUGUAUUCUCCCGUAUACCGCAUCGCUCAUAAAUUUUGUUUGCAAAAAAAAAAUAUAAUUAUUCAUUUAAUCCGCUUAAGUAUUAAUUUUUAUUAAAAUAAUCUCGUAUUAUAAAAUUUAGGUAAUUUUAUCUUGAAAAAGUUUUUGAUAUAAUAUAGGUCUAUUCACCGGUUUAAACUGGUUAUAUUUAGAUUAUAACGGAAACGAUUGCAUUUCACAACAUUCCUUUUGGUGUUAAAAGCUCUACGAACUGUUCUACAACGAUCAACGAAUUUAAUUAUUGUGAGAAAUUAUAAGAAUCUCAGCGAAUUCUCGUAAUGUACUAUUUAGCUUUUUUAUGUAUUAAAUAGGCUAGUUGUCUUAAGAAAACCUUUUGCACUGUGUAUGAUAUUUUGAGGGUUUUACUGUAACAGCAUUACAAAUGAAAUUAUACCUGAUAAUAAACCAACAAUAUACAAAAUGUUUACAAGUAUAAAUAUUACUUAUGAUUGGUUUAUUCGGACGUAUAACGUUUCCUGCGUUUUUUUGCAAGACUGCCUGACAAUCGGAAAACUUGACAGUGUUGUCAGCGAUAUAGUCAACAUUUUGCAUAUUCUUGGUUUAUUCUCAGGUAUAACUCUAUUCCAAGUUUAUUUGUAAGGCCGAAAGUGUUUAAACACUACAAAAAAUUUUGUACAAAAAAUAAUAUAAUACAAAUCAGCAUGUAAAUUAUAAUAUUAUUUCCGACGAACGCAAAAUAUGCGUAUAAUAAGUAUAUAUGUAUAAGUAGAUAUAAUUACACAGCCUGGUUAUUCGUGGAUGGAAUGCGAUGUAAUAAAGUUCUGCGCAUGUCCACUACGACACCUCUGCUUGAGUCUAGUGUGUAGUAGUGAUAUUUUUGUCAUUUUUAUCAGUGACACAGCUCAAGACCCUAGAGAAAUAGUCGUCGCAUAAAACAUACAUUUUGAGCUCAAUUUUUUUUAUGGAAAAGUAGGAUAAACGAGUUUUCGGGUCACCUGGUGUUAAGUGAUCACCGCCGCCCACAUUCUCUUGCAACACCACCUCUGGUGUUGCAACGCUCUUGUGAUUCCUCAAUCACAAGAGCGUUGCCGGCCUUUAAGGAAGGUGUACGCGUGUUUUUUUGAAGGUACCCAUGUCGUAUCGUCCCGGAAACGCCGCACAAGGAAGUUCAUUCCACAGUUUUGUAGUACGUGGAAGUAAGCUCCUUGAAAACCGCACUGUGGAAGACCGCCACACAUCCAGGUGGGUUUGAUAUCGUAACUUGUGGCGUGUCGUGUGAAGUGCGAUAUUUAUACGUUUAGAUAGAACCUUUUUCUGUUGACAACGCUUGACAAUAGACCAUGUUUAUUACUUUAGCGUGCAUGAUAGCUACGACUUACAUUCGCGAUAUUUCCGUCACUUUCUUUAAGUAUGCGUGCGUUGCUGAAUAUAGAGGCUAAUUGUUCGCCGCUAUUUGCAGCUGUCACACUAUGAAUGUUUGUUUCCGAGUCAUGAAUGUUUAUUUGUAUUUAUGUAUGUUUAAGUAAGUAUAUUGUAUUAAAUAUAUCGUUGUCUUGCAACCAUAGUACAGGCUAUGCCUAGUUUAGGGCAAGAUAAUUUGUGUAAAAGUGUGUCAAUAUUAUUAUUAUAAAUUAUCCAGGCUUUGAAUAUAUACAUUGAGAUUGACGGUGGCACGA